AUGAUAUCAUCAAAGAAUUCAUGUCAUACAUUGAAAGAUUAUCAAGUUGAAACAAGACAUAAUGUAGAGGACGCACAACAACAAUUCAUCGUGGUAAUGGGAUUCACCAAAUUACAGCGUUAA